GCGCCGCCCCGGGGCGGAGCAGCCGCGCUUUGGCGCCAAGACGGGAGCGCGGCUCUUCCCGGUCCCGCUCGGCCAUGGCCGCCCCUGCCGAGCCCGGGCACUCUCCCGGCUUCAAGAAGCCUCCGGCGCUGCUGCGGUUGAAGCGCAAACGUCCUGGUCGGAGGAGCGACUCCGCCGCCGCCGCGGAAGCCGCCGCUGUCCCGGCCCCGCGGGGCCCCUCUGCGGCCGCCCGCCGGCGCAACCCAUUCUCCAGCCUGGACAACGCUCCGCAGCGGGCGGCGACCGCCCCUCAGCCUCCGGCAGCGGCCCCGGCGGGUGGGGAUCCAUCGGCAGUGCCUUUCUGGCAGUUUUUAGAGCCCGCCUCUGAAGAGAAGCCCUCCAGGAGAGCAGAGCCUGCUGAAAAUUCUGACAUCUUCUCCCUAAGCCAGGACCUUCAUUCACCUCUUGCUGUACCCAAAGCUCCCUCCUCACCACGACAGGAGUUCCCUGCAGACUGGAGCAUUAAAACACGGGUUCUCUUCAUGUCGUCGCAGCCCUUCAGCUGGGCAGAGCACCUGAAGGCGCAGGAGGAGGCGCAGGGCUUUGCCCAGCACUGCCGAGCCACAGAGCCCGCCCUGCCCCGGAGCGUGCAGGAGCCCCGGCUGAGCACGGAGCUGCGCUGUGCCUUCCAGCAGAGCCUGGUGUACUGGCUGCACCCCUCGCUGCCCUGGCUGCCGCUCUUCCCCCGCCUGGGCGCCGACAGGAGGAUGGCUGGGAAGGCCUGUCCUUGGGCACAGGACCAGGCCUUGCAGCAGGUGCUCAUGAGUGACUGGUCUGUGAGCUUCACCUCGCUGUACAACCUGCUGCGGGCGCGGCUGUGUCCGUAUUUCUACGUGUGCGCGGCGCAGUUCUCGGUGCUGUUCCGCGCCGCGGGGCUGGCGGGCAGCGCCGUGCCCACGGCCGCCAUCGCCCCCACCACGCGCGGCCUGCGCGACGCCAUGCGCAGCGAGGGCAUAGAGUUCUCCUUACCUUUGCUGGAGGAAAGUAGAACCAGGAAGCAGAAGAACUCUGAGGAGAGUUUGGAGACAGAAACCCCUGGAGGGGGCAGCAGUGUGGAGGAUGCAGGGGAAGCAGCUCCCAGCGAUGAUGAUGAUGAUGGAAGCUUCUCGUGGCUUGAGGAGAUGGGAGUCCAAGACAAGGUGAAGAAACCAGAUACUAUUUCUAUCCAACUGCGCAAGGAGAAGCACGAGGUGCAGGUGGAUCACAGACCCGAGUCGCUGGUGCUGGUGAGGGGCAGCAACACCUUCACCCUGCUCAACUUCCUGAUCAGCUGCCGCAGCCUGGUGGCCGUGGCGGGGCCGCAGGCGGGGCUGCCGCCCACGCUGCUGGCCCCGGUGGCCUUCAGGGGAGGGACCAUGCACACGCUCAAGGCCCGCACGCUGAGCGGCCGUGCCCGGCUGCAGGGCGGCUUUGAGGACGUGUUCAGCCUGGAGGUGCUGGGGCCGGUGCUGCCGCACUCCCUGCACGCCCUGACUCUGCUGCUGGGCCCGGCCCAGCGCGGCUCCUUCCGCGCCCUGCUCAGCCCGCACGAGCCCAGCGCCGCCUUCAACGCGGCCCCGCCCCAGGAGGGCGAGCAGCAGGAGCUGCCCCCCUGCGGGCUGCACCCCAGGACUCUGGAUCAGCUGAGUCAGAGUCCCACCCUGGGGAAAUCCUCCCUGCGCCUGCUGGAGAUGGAGGAUUACUGCUACACCUGGAAGGUCUAGGAGCUGCUCCCUGCAGCUGGGCUGGGGCAGGGCAGGAGGGACACCAGGGUGUCACACACCCCCAGCUGCUGCACAUAACACUUCAAGGGCUUUGGACAUCUUUUUUAUUGUAUACAGUGUUUUUUAAUAAAACAUUUUAUUGGUC